AUGUCUCAAAAGGCUAAAGAGGAAUUAAUUGAAUUAAAAAACAAGUACAAAUUUAAAAUUAGAAGUGAGAAGGGUAAAUGGCCACUUGAAUUUUCACUUGUUCUUAUUCCGGAGAAUGAUAUUAAAAUUGAUCCUACUCUUGAUGGUAUUAUUUUUGUAUUUGAAAUGAGUGAACAAUAUCCCAAUCAUACCAUUGAAGGCUGCUGUAAAUUAAAAAGUAUUGAAAAUUAUAGUUCCACAGAAAAAUCACCUAAAUUAGCUUUUAUCAUGUUGGAAAAUAUGAUGAAAUUUGCUAACAAACAAUUUCACAAAAUAUUUCAUGCAAGUGCUGUGGAAGUGAUUUUGAAAUUCAUGAAAUGGGCUGAAAAUAAUAUUACAACAAUAAUAUUAACUGGUAAUACGGAAUAUUUUACUAAUUAUCUUGUGGAAGGAAUGCAUGGAAUAUCGGAAAGAAGAUAUCAAAUUGAUUUUAGUAAAUAUCCAAAGGAAUCUGAUGAAGAUGACAAUGAUGAUGAAAUUCCUGAUUUGGAUUUUUAUUCAUUGAUUUAUGCUCCACCAGAAUUAUUAGAAUCCAAUAGUUCUGAUUAUUUAUUACUUAUUAAUCAGGGAGAAGUUAAGAAUUGUUCAAUCUUUGAGAUGAAACAAUUAAGCUUUUUAGCUAAAUGUGAUAGAUGUUCUAAUGAUUGUGAAAUUAGAAAUGUAAAACCAGGUGAAUCUAUUGAAAAGAAUUGUCCAAAAUGUGCCAAGACACUUAACAUUACAAUGAAACCAUUUGGUAUGACAAGUGAAAGUUUAUCUACUGAAGGUAAAAAAGGAAACGAACUUCAAGCUGGAACACCAUUUGUUUAUUUGGAAUUGAUGAAUUGUACAUUUUUUGAUUUAAUUCCAAUGGGAAAUAUUAUUCAAGUUUUGUGUUUUAAUUGUAGUCGUGCCAAUGAUUUGAAAAAUUUAAAGAUUAAAAGUGUGAAUGAGAUGAAUUGCACACAUUGUCAUGAGUUGAUAACUGUUCAAAUCAAUCAAUUACAAAAGAGAACUGUUGGUGAAUAUCUAGCAAUGGUAACACAUAACAGUGGUAAUAAGCAUGAUGAAAAUAAGAGUUCUUCCUCAACCAACAAAAAGAAGAAACCACUCAAAGGUAUUUCAGUAGGUGCACCACUUCCAUUCUUUGGAACAUGUGAACAUUACAAGAAUUCAAAGAGAUGGUUCAGGUUCGAUUGUUGUGGACGUGCCUAUCCAUGUGAUAUUUGCCAUGAACUGGAAUGCACUGCUCCAUCUUCUGACAUUAUGGGUAGAAAAAUGAUUUGUGGAUAUUGCUCAAGAGAACAAGGACUUGCCCAGACAUGUCACUUUUGUCAAAAGAAUUUAAUCAAAAAGAUUUCAGAAAAAACUGGUAGAAGUGCUGCAAAAACCAAACAGCAUAAAUAAUUAUCCUCCUUAUUGCUUUACUCUUUUAAUAAAAGAACAAAUAUUU